AGAAAAAGAAGCAAAACAAUCUAAAAAAACACAGAUUGGGAGAAAGAAAUGAGAGGAAUCGGAGGUCCCCUUUUAUGCAUCGGAGAUCUUCUGACCGACGUUGGAGAAGAAAAUGAACAAGAAGGAAUAGAAAAAACCUCACCUUCUUCUUCUCUAUCAGAUCUCAACAACAACGCUCUUCCUCAUCUCACCAAACUCUUUCAGGAAAACUACGAUCACCUUAACUCCGCGCUCAAUGCCACUGAUCAUUCUUGGACUUCUCUCACAUUGAAGUUAUGUACUUCUCUAGAUACUGCAAACAAGCUGGUUCAAAGUACCAAUUCAAAUGUUGCAUCCUUGUUGGAGAAGGUUGAGGAGCUUGAGAAAAUUGUCAAGAGAGGGGAUUCCGCCAUAGCCGCGACAAAGGCAUUUUAUGUUGCUCCCGAUAACAACAGCAGUGCCUUGAAGUGAAACAAGGUUAAUAAAGUUGUAUAUUAUGUCUUGAUGAUGAUUAUAGGUAAGAAAUUUUUCAGUUUAGGAAAUAUAAAAAGAUGUUUUCUCUUCAUGGAAACGAGAAAUUAAACUCUGAAAAGUAUGUAGAUUGGUUUUGUGUAUUUUGCAACACCAAACAUCUAUAAUCAAAAUGUGUGGUUUCUUCUAAUAGGCACCAGCACUAUUGGUCACUUGCUUUAUUUAUUUAUCUUUGCGUCGUUUAAUAUAGAGCGAAGAUUGUAAUAUCAUAGUGUAUCAAUGUUAAAUAUCACUUUUAUCUUGCGUUCA